AUGGCCCCCGUCCCCCGCGUUUACUCCAAGACCUACAAGGUCCCUCGUCGUCCUUUCGAGUCGGCCCGUCUUGACUCGGAACUGAAGAUUGUCGGCGAGUACGGCCUGCGCAACAAGCGUGAGGUUUGGCGUGUCCAGCUCACCCUGUCCAAGAUCCGUCGUGCUGCUCGUGAGCUCCUCACCCUCGACGAGAAGGACCCCAAGCGUCUUUUCGAAGGUAAUGCUUUGAUUCGCCGUCUGGUCCGCAUCGGUGUCCUCGAUGAGUCCCGCAUGAAGCUCGAUUACGUCCUGGCCCUCCGUGUUGAGGACUUCUUGGAGCGUCGUCUUCAGACCUGCGUCUACAAGCUUGGCCUUGCCAAGUCCAUCCACCACGCUCGUGUCCUGAUCAAGCAGCGCCACAUCCGUGUCGGCAAGCAGAUCGUCAACGUUCCCUCUUUCAUGGUCCGCCUCGACUCCCAGAAGCACAUCGACUUCGCUCUCACCUCCCCCUACGGUGGUGGCCGCCCUGGCCGUGUCCAGCGCAAGAAGGCCGCUGCUGCUUCCGGCGGUGCCGGUGAGGAGGAGGAAGAGGAGGAGUAAACGAUUUAAAACUGGAGUACGGACGGGUUUCGUUAGCGAAAUUAUAACUGCGGGGUUCCUUUAUGGCUGCAGUAUCGCGUAUCACGUUGUACGGUCUUGCAAUACCAUGAAUGAACAAAUAGCCUUCGGCUCACUUUCGAUACCCUACUCUCUUCUCUGUGUAGUUGCGCGUGUGCUGCCAAUUUCAUGCAUUCUCA